CGCAAUAAUCACUAGUCCCAAAAACUCGAAAAAGAAUCAAAUGGCAAAGCCAGUGAUGUGCAUUGUUCUCACUCAAAUCGUCCUCGUUGCAUUAUUUCAUCUUUGUAUGAGUUCUCAAACCAAAGAAUGCACGAGCACAUCCUCCCUCUCCCCUCAGUUUUACGACAACUCGUGCCCUAAAGCACAAGCCAUUGUCCAAUCUUUCGUCGCCAAAGCACACUCCAACGACCCUCGCAUGGCAGCCUCAUUGCUUAGGCUUCAUUUCCAUGACUGCUUCGUCAAUGGAUGUGAUGGUUCUUUAUUAUUAGACAAUAGUGGAACCAUAGAAAGCGAGAAACGAGCAGUCACAAACGUAGACUCUGCCCGAGGGUUUGAAGUCAUCGACGAUAUCAAGUCUGCCUUGGAAGAUGAGUGUCCCCAAACAGUUUCUUGCGCUGAUAUUUUGGCUCUCGUUGCUAGAGACACUACUGUUAUUACUGGUGGCCCGAGUUGGGAAGUAUAUUUAGGAAGAAGAGAUGCAAGGGAAGCAAGCUUGAUUGCUUCUAACAACAAUAUUCCUGUUGUCAGCUCUACGUUUGAGACAAUUGUCACCAAGUUCAACGACCAAGGACUCGGUCUUAUCGAUCUUGUUGCUCUCUUAGGAGGUCAUACGAUAGGAAAUUCGAGGUGCAAGAGCUUCCGAAAAAGGCUAUACAACCAUUCUGGAAAUAGCGAUCGCGACCAGACUUUGAAUCAAAACUACGCCUCAAUGUUGCAGCAGGGAUGUCCUAUUUCUGGUGACGACCAGAACCUCUUUGCUCUCGACUAUAUGACGCCAAAUAAGUUUGAUAACUACUACUUCAAGAAUCUGAUGACGUUUAAAGGACUCUUAAGCUCCGAUGAGAUUUUGUACACAAAGAGUCGAGACUCCAUGGAGCUGGUCAAGCUUUACGGGGCGAAUGAGGAAUUGUUCUUUGAGCAGUAUGCAAAGUCAAUGGUGAAGAUGGGAAACAUCUCGCCGUUGACGGGGAGAAAUGGUGAGAUCCGGAGGAUCUGUAGGAGAGUUAACCAUUGAAAUGUCUAAUUAAGUUUUCAUUACUAGAUACUUAAAAGCAUAUGGGUUUGAUAUGAUUAACGUUUUCUUGAUAUGUGUAGAGGUUGAUUUCUUUUGGAUAUGUUUUAAUUGAUGAGUUUGGUGUGUAUGUGUGUUUGUUUGUUUUUGUUAACAACUACUAAGUUUGGUGUU